UAAGUAUAUAAAACAAAGAACAAAGAAUAAAGAAUAAAAAAUAAUGGCUCAGGUUAAUAGUGAAGAACCUGUCCAUAAUGUUCCCACGUUAAUUAACCAGUAUAUUGCCAGUAGUGGGAAAGAAGAAGAUUUACAAGCAGGAGAAGUGUAUGCGCAAGAAUUAGCAUCGCUUAUCAAUCAAAGUCAAUUAACUAUGUUAGGAUUUAUUCAAAAUUUAGGAUCUUCGUUAACAUCUGAUUCCGAUGCGUUAAGAUCCAAAACUGUUCAAUGUUUAGCAUCUACUUUAAAAUAUCUUAUUGAAUCAUCGAAAAUUUCUAAACAAGAUGUAAUUGUAUUAAUUGAAUUUCUUCUAAGUAAAUUUGAUGAUAAAGUUAGUUUACAAUAUACUUUAGAAGCAUUAAAAAAUUUAAUUCAAGCAAAGAAUUUUAUUCCUACAUUAAAUAAUUCAUUAUAUAAAAUCUUAUCUAAACUUUUAGAUGAUUAUGAUCCAAAAAAGAAUCUUGCAAGAAUUAGAUAUGAAACUUUUCAAAUAUUAAAUUAUAGUUUAAAAUUAUAUUUACCAAAGAAUCAAGAACUUGAUGAUUUAUUUGUUAAAGUAUUUAUUCAUAUUGCUUCGGGAGAAAAAGAUCCUCGGAAUUUAAUUAUAUCUUUUGAAUUAAAUUCAUCUAUUAAUCAAUUACUUAAAUUUGAUAUUAUUGAUAAUGAAUUACAUAAAGAAUUUAUAAAUGAAUUAUUUGAUGUUUGUUUUUGUUAUUUCCCUAUAUCUUUUACCCCUCCUGCUAAUGAUCCUUAUAAAAUUACUGCUGAUGAAUUAAAAUUAAAAUUAAGAAUUACUAUAGCAUCUCAAUCAUAUUUUGCAAAGGAUUCAUUUAGUAAUUUAAUUGAAAAAUUAACUUCAACUAAUGCUAUAAUAAGAAAUGAUACUUUAAAAACAAUUUUAUUAUGUAUUCAAUCAUAUUCAAUAUCUCUGUUAGAAGAAUAUUGGAUUACAUUAUGGAAUGCUUUAAAAUUUGAAAUUUUACAUAAUGAUAUAUCUAUUUUCAAAUCAAAUUUACUGACAAUUAUUCCUCAAGAUUAUGAUCAAAAUAUUGAUGAUAAUGAUGAUAAUAAAUGUUUAAUCUUAACUUUAGCAAUUAUUGAAACCUUAGCUACAAGAUUAAGUAAAGAAUCUGAUCAACUUGAUAAUUUAAUUAAAACUAUAACUAAUGAAUUACAAGAGAAUUUAUCUAGUUUAAAGGAUAAAUCAAAACAGGCUACAUUAUUAUUAUCAGUAAUUGCAUCAAUUUCAAUUGAAAGUUUUGAUCAAAUAGUGGCAUUUUUAUUCUCUUAUAAAGUAUGGGGUAAAUAUGUUGGAGUUGAACAAGACAAUGAAAUUGGAACUGAAACUGAAAUUGAAAUCACUUCAGAAGCGGGGGAUCCACCAAAGGAAAUUGAUAUUAAUCAAGUUCAAGUUCAACAACAAGCUCAACAACAAGAUGAUAUAUCAUUGACUACUGCCAAACAACGAGAUUUAGUAGAUAAUAUAGGAUAUUUAAUCAUUGGAUUCCAAGUCUUGGGAAAUAAAGAAACUAUUGAUAUUAUUGAAAAAUCACAUUUUGAUAAUUAUAAAGAUCACCUUUUAUUAUUUUUAGGACAAUUAUUAGUAACUUCCUCCAAUAUUGAAAAAACUUUAAGAAGUAAAGUUGUUCAACAAUUAAGUAAAUUAACUUCAUUACCUAAAUUUUUAACUAGUAAUGAAGUUAAAUUAAUAUUUGGAUAUUUUAAAGAUAUUUUAAUAACUGCAAUUACUGAUACAAAUGAAAAUUGGGAAAAGGAUCUUGUUGUAAGGGAAGUUAUUAGUGGAAUUAUAAUUAAUCUGAAUAAUAAUGGGGAUUUAGUUGUAGAAAUUAUUAUAUCAAAUUUAUUAAAUUUAUUAGAUGAAACAAAUUUAAAUCGAUUUAAUAAAGUUCUUAAUGUGAUUAGUGAUUUAAGUGUUAAUUAUCAAAUUUUAGAAGUUUUAUCAAUUCGAUUAUUAAAUAAAAUUAAUUCUAUUGUACAAAAUGAUAAUUCAGAAAAGAUUAAAUAUCUUACCCUUAUAAUUGAAUUAUUUAUUAAAUUAAUUACUAAAAUUGAAUCAUCUAAUCAAUUCUUAACUAAUACUUGGUAUAAAAAUUUUAUACCUAAAUUAUUAAAAUCUAUUCUUCAAGUAUUACCUUAUGAUUUUGUUUUAAUUGAAUUAACUGGAUAUUUAAUUGGGUUAAUUAUUAAAUUUAUUGAUAAAUCUAAACAUCAAGAAAUUUUAAUUAGAUUUGAAAAAUCAUUUAUUACUAAUCAAAAUAAUGAAGAAUUUAAUGGGAAUUUAAUUGAAAUUAAUCAGGGUUGGGAAUAUAUAUCUAUAUGGAAUCAAAUCUUAUCAAAUAUUGAUGAAACUGCUUCAUUAACUAAUAGUAUUGAAAUAGCUCAUCAAGUAAUUAAUAUUAUCUAUAAAAUUGAUAAUACUGAUGAAUAUUUAAGAAUUCAAUAUUUACAAAACUUAUCAUUAUUAUUUAAUAAGUUUAUUGAUAAUGAUGAAGAGAUUAAUACUUGUCUUGAAAGGUAUUUAUCGCCAGUUUUAGAAUCUCAAUCUCAAUCUCAAUCUCAAUCUCAAUCUCAAUCUCAAUCUCAAUCAUUAACUCCAUAUUCAUUAUUAUCAUUUGAAAUAUUUGUAUGGAUAUUGAAAUCUUUAGUAUUAAGAAUGAAUAAAAUUGGUUUAACAUAUUUAACAAAAGUAUUAGAUACUUUUGAUAAUAAUCAAAUUUCAAUUGAAGUUAAACGUGUUAUUGGAAAGGCACUUAAAAUCUUAUUCAUUGAUUUAAGUAUAUAUACUAAUCAAACUCCAGAAAUUAAUCCUAAGAAUUUAAUUUCAAAAGUAAAGAAUUUAAAAAUUAAGUUAUUAUAUAAACAACAAAUUUUUGAAAUUAUUUUACCUAAAUUAAUUAAUAAUAUUGAAUCAAAUAAUAAUUCUAAUACUGAAAUUUAUUUAAAUUCUUUAUCAUUAAUUAUGGAAGAUUUACCUAAGAAAAUUUUAAUAAGUCAUUUAUCACAAAUUUUACCAUUAAUAUUAACAAGUUUAUCAUUACCUAAAUCAAAAAUUAAUCCUGAAUUAUUAACUUCAUCAUUAACUACUUUAAAUAUUAUAAUUGAAGAAGAUUCAAAAUUAAUUGAACCUCAUUUACAACAAGUUAUUCCAAUUCUUCUUAAAUUAAGUGUUAAUAAAUUUAUUGUAAAUCGUAAAUUAAUUAAUAAUGAAGAAAUAAGAGCAAAAAGUUUAAAGAAUUUAAUUCUUAUAUUUAGUACAUUUGGUGAUUUAUCUAAAUAUAAAAAAUCUACUUUACUGGAAUUAGUGGUUGCAUUAGAUGAUAAGAAGAGAAAUGUUCGGAAAUUGGCUUGUGACUUACGUCAAAUAUUAUAUGAAUUAUAGAUAGUUUAUAGAUUUUAAUAUAGUAUAGUAUAGUAUAAUAUU